AUGUCGGAAGCUAAAAAAGAACAACCAGAUAUUCGUUUGUCUUCCGAUCCAAUUAUACGAAAAUCAUUGUGUUCGAACGAGAAAUCAAUCAAUUGUAUUGAAGAUUUAUCGAAUGAAAUCUUCUAUGAAAUAUUUGAUUAUCUCGAUGGUUAUGAUGUUUAUAAGGCAUUUUCAAAUCUUAAUAAUCCUUCUGAAAAUCUUCUUAUUAAGUCUUCACUUCUUAUGAAAAUUCAAAUUUCUUCCACAUCUGAAUUUGAUUAUCAUUAUAAAGAAUUAAUUAAUUUAAACAAACGUCAUAUUCUUUCAUUUCAUUUUAAUAAUGAAUUAAUUCUGGGCACAAUCAUGCAAUCAAUAUUUCUCUUUUAUUUACAAUAUUUACCAGGUCUUUCUCAUUUAACUGCUUGUUUGGAUCAUUGUUCUACGAAUGUUGGUAAAAUUUAUUCAAUGGUUUUUAAAUUACCUUUAUUAAAGUAUUUCAAAUCGGUAAUAUCAGAUUAUCCAGCAUCCGAUCUUACCUUACCAAUUGCAACAAAAGGACGAUAUUCUUCAAUUGAAUAUUUAUGUAUGUAUCAUUUUUUGACUCUUGAUCAUCUUCCUCAUUUACUUUCUUAUCUACCUCCACUUAUUUAUUUAAAUUGUUUUGACAUAUUUCAAUCAAAUGUUGUUGUACAAUUUGAUAUAUUAACUCCAUUGAUGAAUUUAAAACAUCUAUCAAUUAGUGUACAUAAUCUUACAUUUGAUCGAUUUGAAAAAUUUCUUAUAAAAAUCUCGUCUCAAUUAAGAUUUUUAAGUGUUAAAGUUCAAGGUAUCAAUAAAAAGUAUUUAGAAGCUGAUCGAUGGGAACAAUUAAUUAUCCAAUAUAUACCAUAUUUAACAAAAUUUACUUCUACUUAUACGGAAGAAAAUAUUGAUAAUACUUUCCAAGUGAUCUCUUCUCAUGCAUUAAUCAAUCGUUUUAUUUCAUCAUUUUGGUCUAACCAUCAAUGGUUAUUCGAAAUUCUAAUCGAUUAUGAUCUUAUUACCUAUUCAAUUCGUCCGUAUACAUAUGCCUUAAGAACAUUUUUUAUUAACCAAUGUUUUUUGUAA